UUGAAUACGGUUUUAAAGUGCUUAAGCAUAUGUUUCAAAAUGAAAACAUCUUGAUUAACGACGGUCGCAUUGAAAACAAUGUAAAUAACCGCGUGGAAAUUUUUUUCAAGCAUUUGUCGAUUCAACGAAUUGGAGAACUCCGCACCUUACUACUUCCAAUGUGCUAUUUGGGAAUAGUGACAUCGGAUGAGUUAAAAUCACUAGUUCGCUUAUUUCCUAUUUGGGAAAAUUACUCGAAUUCAGAUUCGGAAAAGCUUUUAAAACCAGCUUCAUGCGGAUUUCUUUUACAUCAUAAAAUACGAUGGUAUAAAACAAGAACGUCCAUACAUUUUUUUAAAUAUUCUCCAGAAUACAACCUUCCAACCUUUCUCGGUCUCGAUGUUUCCUAUCGAGACACCUAUUCGUAUACUUUCGAGGAUGUUGAAUUCCCUAGGGAAUGCAAUGACUCUUACGUAAACUUCCUACAUAGCGUACUUGUUGAUAAUCGAGUUGUUCAAGGAUUAAGAGAUAGACGUU